AUGUCUCCCAAGAAGCGAUCGCGAGCCUCCUCAACAGCAUCCGACGACGUCAAGUCGCACAAGCACUCGGGUACCUUGCAUGGCCUCGGUGGGAGUAGCGGUGCUGGUGCCUCUUCCAGCCGCGCUGCGAGAACUCUGCCCGCUUCUGGGCCGCUCGUCCACGCAUCCCAAGACCUCGAUGACUUCCAAGCCUCCUUCUGGCGCUACCAGAUGGACCUCGUCGAGCAAGGCGGAGACGCAGACGGCAACAUUGUCGACUUCAAGUCUGGUCUGCCUACGCAGGGCCAACUUCCACUGGCGCGCAUCAAAAAGGUAAUGAAGUCCGACGACCAGGUCAAGAUGAUCUCGGCCGAGGCGCCCAUCCUCUUUGCGAGGGCGUGCGAGAUCUUCAUAUCUGACCUCACCUGCCGUGCCUUUCUCAUUGCAGAAGAGCACAAGAGGAGAACCAUCCAGAGGUCUGACAUUGCCGGUGCCAUUGGUCGAUCCGAUCUGUUUGAUUUCCUGAUCGAUAUUGUGCCUCGACACGAGAGUGUGCCUAGCAGCAGGCUGCCCGGCGGAGGAGCAGCCAAGCGUGAAAAGACGGGCGAGGGCAAGGGUCUUGGCCACUCCAGCGCGCUCGCAAGUGGCAGCAAACGCCAGCAGCAGCUAGAAGAGCCCACCUCGCACGAUGAACACUUGCUCCACGGAUUCUCGGGCGGCGCUUACGAAGACGCAGACGCUUCGGCAGCAGCGGUUGCAGAAGCAGCCGCGGCGGCAUCCGAUUCGUUCAACAUCCCGCACACGGCUGUUGACAGCGCACACGUCGACGUCGGCAACACACACAGCAACAGCAGCAUGGCUCACUGGAUUCACGACAGCUCGGCAGACGAACACUCGUCCCAACCGGAACUUCCAUCGCACACGCACUCGCAUUCGCAAACACACCACCAGAGCGCACCACACCCUUCGCACGACCAUCACCAGCAGCAACAGCAGCAUCACCACGCACACCACGCACAACACCCCCACCACGGCGCACAGCAUCAUAUCAGUGGCCACCACUCGCAUCACCACUCGCCGCUGGACUACGUCACGCCUUCCAACGCCGGUACGCCCAACAGCAUCGGUGCUGGCAGCACGAACGGCGGUGCUUGGUCUCACACCUUUUCUGGUUUUUGA